AAGGUAGGGUUUUCCUGAGUAAUGUUGAAGCUGUGCAAACUGCAAUUAUGUUUCCCGUCAUUGCGCCUGGCCGAUUUUGGCUGAGACCACGCGAACAGUGGUGUUCAACCCUCCGGUUGAUGAUAAUUCAUUUUCAGUCGCGAGCAAUGAGUACUUUGAAUGAGGCUACGAAUUUGCGAGAACUUAAAUCAAUCUUCCGUGAGAAUGUGAAACGGGUCUUGCAGGAUGUGUCCCAAGCGGAAAUCGAGAAGCAAUCAGUUAUUGUUCUGGAAAAGGUGUUGUCUCAUCCUGAGUACCAGCGUGCUUCGAGAAUCUCUGUUUACAUCAGCAUGCCCGGAGAAAUUUCCACUGAUGAACUCAUCCGCAAUAUACUGGAGACAGGAAAAAAGUGCUACGUUCCACGUUUUCGAAACAAGGAUAAGCGCAUGGAUAUGGUGCAAGUAACAUCUUGGGAGGAUUUUUCAUCCCUCCCUGUUGUUAAAUGGAACAUAAGACAGCCUUCAUUCGAUGAUGAAAGAGAAAAUGCGUUGGACAGUGGUGGUUUGGAUCUAGUAAUGUGUCCUGGUCUAGCUUUCUCACCUAAUGGCAGACGAAUCGGACGUGGCAUGGGUUUUUACGACAAUUUUUUGAAAAGGUGUUCCGAUAUCAAUGACGAAUUUUAUUCAUUCGGAUUAGCUCUGCGGGAACAGGUAGUUCCAAAUGUGCCAACGGGACCUAAUGACUGCAAUGUUCAUGAAGUAAUCACCGCUUAAUCGAAUAUUUGGUCUUCCACGUGCAGUAGUAGCGUUUUAGAGAGGUGAGGGUUAUAUCAUUUCAUUCCGUCCUUGAUUGUGAAUCAUUUUUUGGUACGUUUUUGCGAUGUUAUUGCCAUUUACUUCAUCAAAGUCUAUACCGGAUUUUUUUUUUUUCGGAUUCCAGACGGGUUCCCUUACUAUAGACAAGUGCCGUGAUUUCUUUUCCGAUGUCCUGCAGAGUUGCCUCCGCUGAUCAGCGCCUGUACGGUAAUCUACAUCAUUACGUGGACCAAGUGCUUUCGUACGAGCGGCAAUGUGUUGUGAAUAAAGCCAUUGACGUGCUUCCUUGGAUUGAACUGACAAAGCUGGCGAAGGAAAAUGUUGCUGGAGCAGGACUGGAUCCUAAUUCUUUAAUUUUCUGGGAUUUUCUGAUGGCCGAAGCAGUCAAGUGGUUCAAGCGAUCAUUUUUCAAGUGGAUGACGGCACCAAAGUGCAGUCAGUGUGGAUGUGAUACGAGUGCUAUUCCUCUUCAGUUACAGCCUACGCAAGAAGAACUGAAUUAUGGAGCUUCAAGAAUUGAAGGCUAUCGAUGCACUUCGUGUGAUCACUUGGAAAGAUUUCCAAGGUACAAUAGCGUUGAAAAGCUGCUGGGAACGUGUGUCGGGCGGUGUGGAGAGUGGGCAAAUUGCUUCACAUUCCUGUGUCGCGUCCUGCAAUUCAAUGUAAGUUGCAGGGAUGAAAUUUGUAUGCGCUUCCUUCUCAACACAUAUCAAAUACAGGUGCGGUAUGUUGUGGAUUUGCUCGGGGAUCAUGUUUGGACAGAAUACUACAGCUUGCACGAGAAACGUUGGAUCCAUGUUGAUCCUUGCGAAGAAGCAAUAGAUCGUCCAUUGAUGUACGAAGCCGGUUGGAAGAAGGAAAUCACGUUUAUUUGUGCCUUUGCUCGGGACCACGUUGCUGAUGUCACGAUGCGUUAUUCGUCCAAUCAUGGUGCAGUGAUCAACCGUCGUCUGAAAUCCUCUUUUGAAUCUCCACGACUGUACAAUUUUUUAUGGAAAACUACGCAACGAUUGAAGGCCUGUUUAAUGGAGAAUCAACGAAAAGAAUUAGAUGUUCAGCUCGCCUGCGAUUUGGUGAACAUGAUGGUAGAACGUACGCCUGGACAGGAAUCAAUGGGCGGUCGAACAUCUGGUUCGAUGGCUUGGAUAAUGUCCCGAGGAGAAGGUGAUGGUCAGUCAGGGGAUGUUAAGUUUGUGUUCAGACCCUCUGCUCGGGAAUUAGCGUGCAAUAAAAUGCACAUGAAGUACAAUUGCCGACGUGAUAUGUAUGAACGGACUGUUGGACAAGAAAUUAUACCUGGAUGGCGCAACGGAACGUAUUCAUCGUAUGGGGUAUUCCGGAAGGAAGAGAGGGAUUGGAAGAAAGCGUAUCUCGCUCGUCUAGAAGGACGAGAGAGAGGAAGCAUUUCUUGGUUAUUCGAAGUGAGCGAGGAUGUAACCAUGAAGGAUGUUCGCAUCCGUUUUUGCGGAUCUCGUUUUGAAGAUGGAGAUAUUUCCGUUACCGUGACAAGUGGGGAAACUCAAGUGAAGCUGAAUUGUGAUCAAGACAGUGGAGGGGAUUUGACAGCCAUUCCUGAAUUGGCGGGCACAAAAACGUUCUGCAUAGACUGCAAGCUUUCUGGAGGCGUUGGCGAUUGUGCUUGGCAACAUGCACAACUUUUUCGUGAAUCUACGGAAAGUGACGCUGAAGACGUUACCCCAUUUGAAGUUAUCAUUUGUUUUGAAUGAAAUUAACUGAUUUUUUCCAUUGUUGACAUGAUUCGUCCAUCAACUUCGCUUGUGGUUUGGUUUCUUCCUUGCGGAGAACGUCGCCCUCUGCUCUUUUCGUUGUUCAAACGAUCCACGCAGAUUCCAUCUACUGAACGCCGUGAUUGGACUUUCGCGCGCUUCGGCGUUGAAUGAUCUCGUUCAUUCCUGGUUCAGAGCUGUGAACUUCACAUCAAAGCCUUUGUUCGAAACUAAUUCUUAUCAGUUCUGUGCUUGAAACUGCGAAAGUCAUCUUAUCGCAGAAAGUGCUUAACCUACUCAAAGGAUGGAUUCUCAUUUGACUUUAUCAAUGAUGAUGGCGUCUGCUUGAGUGUGGAAAAGUCGCGCUGGUUUUCUUUCUGUCCAAAGAAAUUAGACUGAGGAUAUCGUCGUUGCUUCUGCGUGGAAUGGUGCAUCGUGCUGGAGGUUUCGAAUUCACCGCGAUUGAUCGUACUUUCGUUUGUGUGGCCUGAAGUUUUUGACUUGUGAUUGAUCAUUUUGAGUGGACUGUCGUGAAAAAAGAAUGAUUCCGCGACCACCAGCUUACAUUUUUGUGAUCGACGUUCGUUUUGUCUUUAUUAGCAGAAAAAAGAAAAGGAAUUAUAUUUAUUGUAAUCAUGGCUUAUGUUCGAUCGAUAAUGUAGCGAUCAACUUGGAACGACAUGAUUGGUUUGUAAUCGAGUAAUACUCCAGUUUCCUCCAAAAAUUCAAAAUAAUUUUUCUAGGAUGUUUCAGUGCGUAUUAGCAUCUAUAGAGUGUAUUUUGUAAAAAUUUGCCUGGUGUAAGAACAGACAAAAAGCGAAAGCUGUUAAUGAAUUGUUUGCGCACUCUAUUUCUUCAGAAUUAUUAGUUCCGAUAUCCGUUGGAAAAGAAGAGAUAAUUGAUAUCUUAGAUAUUUGACCAGCGGGAAUACGAUUUGAGCGAUUUCGAUUAUGGCUCAUCAUUUGCAGAUGUCUUGUAUGAGGAAUUCAGGAUUGAAUUUUUGAAAACUUGGUAUGGAAGAAAACACUGAACGUGGCGUUUGUUCUACGUUUCGCCAGCAAAAGGUAGAAAAUUGGUUACUUAGAUGGUGUUCAAAUUUUCCUUUAGUGUAUGUUUUGUUUUUUGGGAGUUAGCUUUUGCCAGUUGCUGUUUUUUUUCCUUUACCAUACACCCUAUUGAAUAUCUG